AUGGUCGACACGGUGACCGAUGAAGCCUUCAAAGGCAACCCGACGCCCGUGUUCCUGCUCGAUGGGGCGCAUCAAGGUGUUGCCGAGGGCGAGUUUACCGUGUGGCCCGACGAUCUGGUCUUGCAGGCCGUGGCAAGAGAGUUCAAUCAGUCCGAGACGAUUUUCGUGCGGUUGGAUCAUGAGGGCAAGAAACGCAAUGGCGACCAUGAGAGGGACGAAAAGAGCUCUAAGGAGAACGGGCUGCGGCGACUUACCCCCCGAGACUCGAACCCAGACAAGGCAGAUUGUACGCGCUAUUUGAUCCGGUCAUUCACUCCGUACAAGGAGGAGCCGUUCUGUGGGCAUGGGAUCGUGGGAGCGGCGUAUCUGCUUGCUCGGUCUGCGGAGGGUGAUCCCCCUGUCCGGGCGACCAUGCGAUUCCAGACCGUGGGAGGAAUCGUGGUCGAUGCGCAGGUGCGUCCAGACGAUCAUAACGCGAGAAUUGACCAUGGAGACCGAGUCGACCAUAACCUAGGAUGCGACUAUGGGGUGUUGAGGACCAUGGAGCUGGAGAUCCCGGCCCAGCCUGUGGACGAAUGGUUUACCGAGGACCUCAAACUAAGGCAGACAAUCGCAACAGCGCUAGGUAUUGAGACGGCGCAAGUUCUAGCCCUGGGGAGGAACGCCUUGAUGGACCUUGUCAUCGAGCUGAGCGCGGACGUCGACUUCUCGGCGGCGAGAAUGGAGAUCGAUGCGGUGGCGUUGAUGGAGGCUUCUCCUCCCGGCACGAGAAGUCAGAUCAUCACGAGCGCGGGUGCUAGAUAUGGAGUGGAUUUUGUGAAGCGCGUGUUUGCGUACGGGAGCGAAGAUCAAGCGACAGGCUCGACGUAUUGUGUCUUGAUACCAUAUUGGGGUGCGGCGUUGCAGAAGUCGUCCAUGAAGGUGAAGCAGGUCUCAGAGCGGACUGGAGGCGCGGACGUGGCGAACUCGGCGACAAGAGAGGGCUAUGUGACGCUGUGUGGAGCUGGAGUUAAGGUCAUGGAGGGUCGAAUGCUUGUUCCUGGCUCUGCGCAUAAGAAGUAG